UUAAUUAAGGCGUGUGCCAGCGAAGCCAUCCAGCUACUCUCGCGCCCAAAACCACCACCCGCGCGCGCCCAACCUUUCCCUUCCAUUUUAUUCAUCCUCAUCUUCUUCUUCUUCAUUCAAUUCCCCGCAUAUGAUAACAAGACGACCACCACCAAUCGCCGGAGGUGGAGAAGACGACGACGUACGACGAAUUGGCUAUAGCUAGCUAGCUAGCUGAUUGAUCCACCGAUCGAUCGAAGAGGAAGAAGAAGAAUUGAUCGAUCGAUCGAUUGAUUGAUCGAUUGAUCAGAGAGGAAGAAGAAUUUGAUUGAUCGAUCGACGACGAAGCUAUAUAUAUAGUCGUCGGAUUGAUCGAUCGAUCGAUGGCGGAGGAGCGGAGGAGAGACGACGGCGGCGACGUGGAGGUGGAGCUGAGCCUCCGGCUGAGGACCGGGGACGACAGUACAAGUGCUGACCCGGCGCCGGCGACGGUGGCGGCGGAGGCGAGGAGGAACUUGACCAUCUUCUACAACGGCCGGAUGUGCGCCGUCAACGUCACCGAGCUACAGGCGAGGACGAUCAUAUCCAUGGCGAGCCAAGGAAAUUUCGGCAAGCAGCAGCAGCAGCAAAUACAGGGUAGGGACGAUCACCACUACCACCAGGGCGAGAGCAGCAGCGGCGGCGGCGUUUCCACGGCGGCGGCGCGGCACUGCGACGUCGCCGGCAGCAGCAGCAGCCACAGCGGCAGCGGCAGCGGCAGCGCGACGCCGCCCCGGCCGGCGCUGGUUUCUCCUCGCGCGGGCCUUCAGGCGGCCGCGGCGGCGGCGCCGACGAUGAACCAGCCGCCGGCGGCGAGCGGGCUGUCCAUGAAGCGGUCGCUGCAGCGAUUCCUCGAGAAGAGGAAGACGAGGGCCGCCGCGCCGCUGUACGCCCGGCGAUAGGCCAGCCGCUCGCCAGCGCCGCCGAUGAGACGACACAAGUUUUAUUUUCUUUCUCCUCUUCUCUUUUUCUUUCUUUGUUAUGAUCCACACAUGACAAAAUAUGAGUACCUAGUAGUUUGUUUAAUUGAUGAGUUAUGUUUCAUUAGGUUCUUUAAUUGUUUUUAGCUCAACCAAAUUUUGUACUAACUGGUUGAGUUUUUUUUUUUAACAUGAUAUAUACACAGACGCCCAUAUAUGUACAUGCGUGUACAUUUACCUAUAUGAAGACAGCUUAAUUUACUCUUA